CUGUGCACAGAAAUUCCUGGUUGCGUCACCUACAUCGUGAAGCCCAGUGCGGGUACCCAGGGCAAAGGCAUUUACCUUGUCCAAUCACCACGCGAGUACUGUGAUCAUGAGGUGGACGUCGCUCUCGCGUCUCAAGUCCCCCAGACACGGAAACAGACCUGUCAAGCCCGCGAGCCACCCUCCUGCCUGACUGCAGAUAGUCUGGGCUACCUGCCUGCUAAAGAAGUGGUGCAGCGUUACGAGGAUCACCCCGUGCUGGUGGACGGCUACAAGGCCGACUUGCGUAUCUACGUGGUCCUCGAGUCCGUCUCACCUCUUCGCAUUCAUGUUUAUCGAGAUGGCCUUGUGCGGCUUGCAAGCCAACGUUACGAACCUCCGGAUCCAGUGAACAUGCACAAGGUGGGAACUUAA